AUGUUUCUUUGGAGAGCCGUUAGUGAUAUAUUGCCUACCACUACAAAUUUGCUUAUAAAGAGGGUGGAUGUGGAACCACAAUGUGCCAUGUGUGGAAUAUCUCAAGAGGACACAAUGCAUGCUCUAGUGUUGUGUGAUUAUGCAAGAAACAUUUGGGAAAAAUCUAACCUCACGAUCCCCAAUAUAGUCACAAAUGUUUUUCAUGAUUGGUUUGAUGAACUCUUAAAUGUUCUAGACUUUGAUGGAAUGUUAUAUGCAGCAGCAAUUCUACUUUUAAAUGUUCUAGACUUUGAUGGAAUGUUAUAUGCAGCAGCAAUUCUAUACAAUGUUUGGAGAGCAAGGAACAUGUCGGUCUGGGAGGCAAAGUUACCGCGCCCCGAGGUGGUACUCAAAGCCGCUGCUGCUGCCGGUUUAGCAUGGACGCAGGCGCAUCCAUUGCCCACAGCCCGAGCUGUUGCGCUGCCAUCUGGGACGGUUCAACCGCAAGGGGGAUCCGGGCUGCAUGGUGUCGAGUUGCAUGCUGCCGAAACAUCACAUGGUCCGCCCAGGAGGAUAUGCCGUGUGGAUGGAGGAUUUAUGCAAGGGACGGCCCAAGCUGCAUUUGGGGCGGUCUUGCUAGAUACGAACGGAGGCUACGCCGCGGCAUGCAGUGGACCGCUACAAGGAUGCUCCUCGCCACUCAUGGCCGAGGCGCUCGCAUGUAAGGAGGCUCUAUCAUGGUUGAAGGAUCGGGGAGAACAGAAUGUCGAGAUAUAUACGGACUCUUUGACUACAUCACUAUCUUACUACACCAACCGUUGUGCUGCGCACAUACUUAGGCUAUGCCAUUGA